UGUUUUUCAUGGCCCCUAGUUUUGCUCUCUCUCCCACCCUUAUAUACCACCUUUGCACCUUUCUUUCCCAACAGUUAACUAUCUUCGCAUUUUCUCAUAGAUUUCUCCCCCCCUUUUCUUUUUUGUCUUUCUUUGCUAAUAUCAAUCUUUAUCUUCUUCUUCCUCCAAACGAACUCAUUAACACAAACUUCUUUUUUCCCUUGGGACAAACUUUGUUUUGAAAUCUUCUGGGUUUUGCAUGAAAAUAGUGUUUUCCCAAUAAGAAUCAUCUAUGACGGUGGAAACUGGUGGAUUGGUGGAGCAAAGCAAAAAUAAUAUCACGACGACUGUAAAGCAUGUAAACAACAGGGUUAGGUAUGGUAACAAGACGGAGAAGAAGAACAGAUCAUAUAAGAAGAUGAGAAGAGAGGUUGUGUUUCCAAGAGUUCCUGAUGUAUUGCAACAACUCUUUGUUUCUUGUACACAAAUCUUCAGAGGCCCUGGAUUUGUCCCUCCUGCUUCUGAUGUAAACAAGCUAUGCGAUAUUCUUGAUAAGAUGAAGCCAGAAGAUGUUGGGCUUAGCAAAAGUCUGCAGUUCUUCAAGCCAACGGGUGCUGUGAAAGGGACUCCAAGGGUCACUUAUACUACCAUUUACCAAUGUGACCAGUUCUCGUUGUGCAUUUUCUUUCUUCCGGAAACGGCUGUUAUUCCUCUCCAUAACCAUCCAGAGAUGACUGUUUUCAGCAAGCUUUUACUGGGGAAAAUGCAUAUAAAAUCAUAUGAUUGGGUCGAGCCUAAAGACUCAAUACCACCCUCCAAAUGUGAGAUUUCUAUCUUUUUCAAGUCUCCAAACCGGAUUCAUUCAUUCAUCUUUGAUGUGAUCAUCAUUGGGUUAUUUUUUUCCCUCGUUGUUGCAGUGAGGUUGGCAAGGUUGAAAGCCAAUAGCGUGUACACGGCCCCAUGCAACACCUCGGUGUUGUAUCCUACAACAGGAGGCAAUAUGCAUCAAUUCACCGCCGUAACACCUUGUGCGGUGCUCGAUGUACUCGGCCCUCCCUAUUCUAAAGAAGACGAUCGCGACUGCUCUUAUUACAAAGAUUUCCCAUACUCAGCUUUCUCAAAUGAGGGAGAAACUACAAGAGUGAGUGAAGAAGAGAGAGAGGGACUUGGAUGGCUAGAAGAAAUUGAAGCACCAGAGAAUGCAGUGAUGGAUAGAAUUGAUUACUUAGGUCCUCAAAUUAUAGAAACUAGUUAUUAGGUUUAUUAUUAUCUCUAAAUGCUUUUAUAUUUAGUCUUGUAGAUAGUGGGAAAAAACAUACUAGUGAUUUUGGUUGGACUUUUUAUACAUGCUUACAUUUUUUUUUCUUAGUUUUUGCCAGGUUGUGCUAAUGGUUUAUGGAAUUUUUAAAUUUUUUUGUGAAAAGAAGAGCCUUUAAGGCUUAAAAUAUUGAUUUGGUUUCAAUACAA